UAUAUCAUGCAAACUCCACAUUACACAGAUAUAUCAUGCAAACUCCACAUUACCCAGAUAGAACAUGCAAACUCCAUAUUACACAGUGGGGGUUGGAUCCCCCCCCCCCCCAAAUUGCAUAACCCUUUAACAGGGCUAACAGCAAGAUGAAUUCUGAUCGAUAUUUUAAUCGAAAUGCAAAGGACAUGGUAUUUUAAACGUAGCCCAUGUUUUUUUUUCUCAAUCAAAACAUUUUGUCACGGACAUAGACGAGUCUUGCCAUGGACGCGUUCACGUUUGUACGGACAGGUUGGCGAUCGCUGCGCAGAGCCGCUGCCUCCUCACGGGCCACAUGAUUUCAUUAUUUCCUGAUACUUUCAACAGCCACAAGAUGGCGGCUUAAACUCACUUUUAUAAAACAUGUCUGUCACAAGUUUAAAAAUGAUUUUAAUAACAUUAAUAUUAAGAACAGAAAACAUUUCACACUGUUCAUACAGAAUAGAAUUAUCAUACCUGAUUCAUACGCAAGAGUAAAUGGCCUGGUGCCCGUAUACCAUAAUGUCCAUAUGAGGCCGACUCGUGUAUACAGAGGUGAGGGUUGCUUUAGGGGUCAGGGUGAGGGGCCAACCAGCAUCCCGGGAGUAGGUGGGGGUUAAGGGGCUUCGCUCAAGGGCCCGACAGUGAUAUAAUUAGUAGGCUGCUAAUGAAAUUAAACCCAUGACCUUGCAGACACUGGUACAGACCCCUAACCCACAUGAACGGCCAUGUCAUCAGGGCAUUAGCGGACAUUACAGCCAAGAGUUCCGCAUUUGGAACACAUGUAUGUUACCAUAACAGAUCUAUACAGUAUGUGUUGUUCUACAAUAUCAGAAAAUUGUUUUGAAUUCUGUAUGCAAUUAAGGGGAAAAUCACAUUAAUAAAGAAUUUAUCCAAGUAAGUAAUAGUAAUGAAUUUUAAAUUUAAAUUUAAUGUAUAUAUAUAAUUUAUAUAAAAUAUUAGUUUGAUGAAGUAUCAAUUAUCCAUUCCAGCCAUCUAAAUACUCAAGCCACCCCAACUCAAGGUGAAUUUUCCAUCAUCAUUAAUAGAUUUAUUUUAUAUAAGAAAAAUGCCGUGUAACUUUUUUGUGUGCAUUAAGAAUGUUUUUGAGAGAGUGGAACUGAAUUUCAGAUCACGGCACUGUCAAAAUGCAGCAUGUUAGAAAUAAAAUCUAAAACAAAUAUAUGGACAUGUCUUAUAAUCAGAGCUGUACGUUAAAAGGUACAGUACUACACAUACACAUAUACAUACAGGAAGUCAGCUUAUCAUGAUACAUAUAAUACAUGACAUAGUCUCCAACACCAAAGCCAGAUGCAUUCUGAAAGUCAUUACAGAAAUACCUCAGUGCCGCCAGGUCACCAGUGACAGGGUCCUGAAAGGUGUCAAGGGCUGCAUCCCCAAAAUACAGGAGCCCACGACAGCUGCUGUGCGCUGAGGCUCAGGCUGGGACAUCAGGGCCUGCAAGCUUUUUAGGGCGGAAAGACACAUAGCCCUGCCGUGACCAUUUAUAGAGACCAUACAGAGAGGGACCGUGGAUGGGCUGAAUGACUAAACUGGCCUGAUAUCAAAUAAAAUAUUCUGAAACCAUAAUGAGUACAUUUGUUUAAAGUAUGUAUAAGCAGUAACCACACUGUUAGAAGGUGUCCAAGCAAAGUAUUUCCCCCUAAAGGCAGUUGUGGACAAUUUAAGAUAUAAAAUUUUUCUGUAUGUUGUUUGAAGCCCGUAUUGUAAUCAUCGUUUCUCAGUGCUUCUUUACUUACUAACCUUUGUGUUCCUGACGUGUAAAAAUAUAGUUGAUGGGAAAGAUCAAAAAUAAGCAUGCAAAAAAUUGAACUGAUUUGUAAUAUGUUAAAAAGUAUUUUCUAGAAAUGUUUGUCAAGUAUAUUUUUUUAUUAAUGCAUAAUACCUUUGAAAUUCCAUAUGAUGUAAUUCCUCAUAUAUGGAACACACGUAAAAAUAUAUAUAUAUAUAUAUUUAGCAUACUAAACUACACAUUCUAGUUUUAAAAAGCUUUUCCAUGGCUGGAACAAUGUGCUAUAUUUACAAUCUAAACAGAGUCAGGUUGCUGUGGAGUAUGUGCCGUGGUGUGACGAGGUCAGCGAGUCUCAGCUGUGUGUUGUGAGAGAUGCAGCCUUGACCUGAAUCUCAUCGGAAAACAAACAAACAAAUAAAUAAACUUUUCAAUAGCAUUACAACUCCCAGUCAGCCAAAUUCCAAGUUAUCCCCUUUGUGAUAGCAAAAUGCCCCCCCCCCUUUAAGUGAAUUAUAUUUAGAACUGGUGCCUGACUGGAAGCACCCCAUUGGAUGAACUGGCUGCCAUUCACAAUGUGUGGAGGAAUAAGAAGCCAGUGGUAGGUGAGCUGCUUCUCUUUGGGAGCCUCUCUAGCCAUAUUUAACCCAGGAGGAGAAUGAAGCAAAAUUAAAUAGUCUUGCUGGUAGUAUUUGUUUCUCAGGUUGGACACAUCCAUAUGGGAAGAGUUUUACAAAGUCAGAAUAGCACAAGUAAAAAGUGAAAUUCCUGAAGUGCUGGCGGGGAAGCGUCAUUCCCAUUCCAGGACUGGGCCUCAGCUUGUGAAGCACAACUACUGUGUCGCAUGUAUCAGUGACCUAUGUGGGAAGACUGCAGCUUGGGACAGUGUUUCUGCUGGAGAUGUAUGCACUGAUCAGGACUAAGAUUGCACAACAGCCAAAAUGGGAGACUGGAGUCUACUUGGGAAGUUGCUGGAAAGUGCACAGGAGCACUCAACUGUGGUGGGCAAGGUCUGGCUGACUGUGCUGUUCAUCUUCCGCAUCCUGGUGCUGGGCACCGCAGCUGAGAAGGUGUGGGGUGAUGAGCAGUCGGGCUUCACCUGUGACACCAAACAACCUGGCUGCCAGAAUGUGUGCUAUGACAAGACCUUCCCCAUCUCACACAUCCGCUUCUGGGUGCUGCAGAUCAUCUUCGUCUCCACGCCCACACUCAUCUACCUAGGUCACAUCCUGCACCUGGUGCGCAUGGAGGAGAAGCAAAAGCAACGAGAGAAAGACCUCACUCAGCUAGCCCCACAAGGUGACAAGCAGCCCUUGAUAGAGGAUGGGAAGGCCAAGAAGCCACCUAUCCGAGACGACAAGGGCCGUAUCCGCUUGCAGGGUGUCCUACUCCGCACUUACAUCUUCAACAUCAUCUUCAAGACCCUCUUUGAGGUGGGCUUUAUCGUAGCUCAGUAUUUCCUGUAUGGAUUUGAGCUGAAGCCCCUCUAUACUUGCAACCGUCUGCCUUGCCCCAAUGUGGUGAACUGCUACAUUUCGCGGCCCACAGAGAAGACCAUCUUCAUCCUUUUCAUGCUAGCAGUGGCGUGCAUUUCCUUGCUCCUCAAUCUGGUGGAGAUGUACCAUUUGGGCUUCACCAAGUGCAGCCAGGGUCUAAAUUAUCAGCGAGCCGAGCUGGCUUCUGAAACAGACUCAAAGACACCAAGUGAAGCUGUCAUACCUUACGGGCCAAGCUACAAUUACUUCCCCAAUCAUCAUCCUGCUCCAGUACCUUAUCAAUCUGGCUCAAGGUACAGCCUCAAUCCCCUCACCGAGCCAGACUCAGCUUACCACCCAUACAACAGCAAGGUGGCUUACAAGCAGAACCGAGAUAAUCUGGUCAUGGAGAGGAACAGUAAACCAGAGGAGAAUGACCUGAAAGUGAAGAAGCCCUCAAGCUCUGCCCCUGACUCGCCAGCCCAGAACCAGCGUCAGCCUAGUCGCACCAGUAAACAUAGCAUCAAGACCAGGCAAGACGAUCUGAAGAUCUGAUGGUCUGCAUUUGGUGUAGAGCUUUGAGUGCUGCAGAUGUUUGAUUAUUUGCUGUCUGCAGAGAAUUUGUGGUCUAGUCUUCAGACUGAACAUGGCCUACCAUUGGAUUAGUAGUGCUACAACACGUGUCCUCCAUUUCUAACAGCGUGGGUGGAAUAGUGUGGUGGUCAAAGAGCCAUGUGGUCUAUCAUUUAAUCUGUACCCAAGUGGUUUCGGUAAUGGCUGGUUCCAUCUGAUGCUGUCUAAAUGUGUGGGCCAGCUUGGUUGUGCGGGUAUUUAUUUUGGAACAUACGAAAGCUUUUAGUUUUAGUCAACAAAAAACUAAAGCCCCCCCCCCUCCAUGUCUGGACUGAUUAGAAUACUAAUACUAAACGUUUUUAUUCAUUAUAUGUGAAAAAGCUAAGACACCAUUUCCAGAGCAUGAAAAAAAGAAGGAAACACAAAACUAAAAAUAGACAUACACACAUUAAUUUGGUGGUAAUUUGGUGCAGUUCCCAGGGAAUUUAAUGAAAACUUAGAAAACUCACUAAACGUCCCCCACUGUGAGUGUGUAUCCAUGUGUUACUUGGGUAUACACAUACAGACAGAUUUUAUACGAGUUACCUUUACCAAGAUCAUACUACAACUUCAGGAGCAUUUGCCAAAACAGAAAUACACCCUCAGAUAUUCACAUUUCACACUUGAUUUUCACACUCAUAGUGGAACAAAUCUAUGGGGAUUUCAUGUUUAAAAAAAAAAAAAAAAAAAAGAUUUCUUUAGUACAAAUACCUUUCUCUCAGCACUUUGCACGUGGACAUAAAUAUGUACGUACCCUGAGAUAUUGGCAAAGGAAUGUGUACUGGUGUAUGAUUAUUAAAAAUAAAAGUGAUUAGGUGUUUGGUAGGAGAUUUCUGCUCCCUAGGGAAAGAGGUGCCAGUGAAUGACCGAGUGGCGAGUGACUGAUGUCGGCCUGCCUCUCUCGGUCAGCCUCUCUCGGCCCGCCUCUCUCUCAGUCCGCCUCUCUCUCAGCCCGCCUCUCUCAGUCACCCCUCAGAGCAGAAAGCAGGAGGGAUGUGAGCCAGAGUUUAUGAACAAUGAUGAAGCAAAACUACUCCCCCCACACAAAAAAGGAAAGGAAGAGGAAAAAUAUAUUUCAGAAAGCUAAACGAAGACCAUAAACAGUAAAAUAAAGUUAAAUACAUACAUAUUGCACGGCUGCUGAUAUUGCACAUGACCAAAUACACAUCAGAGUAGAUACAGGGAAAUUAAACAUCUCUCAAGUCUAUUACUCCUCAUCCAAAGAAAAUUCUGAACUUUCUCCAACUGAUCUUAAAUGAGUAAAUGGUUCUCGGGACUAGAAAUACUUUUAACCUGAUUAACCUUGUUCACAUCAUUAAGUAUAUUAAAAAUCUUUGAAACCGG